AAUUAGAAAAAAGUGGCGUUUAUUUUAACGUUAGCACCUGUUUUGUUGCCAGAUAAAAGGGGAAAACCCUAUUAUCAUAUUUUGAUACUGGCAAAGGAGGUCCCAUGAUAUAUAAAGUCUCUCGAUCAUUAUUAAACCAAGUCGUUUGCCUCGCAGGGAGUGAGAUUCUAAAGCUGAAAAGUGGGCAAAGUCUGCGAGUGGUUCUUUCCCCCUUCUGAAGUGUAACGUGUGUGCAAUGAUGCGUUCGUUCAUGAUUCCGAAUAUGCCAACCCGAGAAAGAGGGAAACAUCUCCCUGGGAAAAGGAGGCAGAAUGAAGAAGCCUUAAGCAUGGGUUACUCAUAUUCUCAAGUAGGUAACGGAGGUAAGUGGACCACGAGUUUUUUUGUAAAUGUGUCGUUAAACCCGCCACCACCGGACACAGCCAAUUAGUAAGGUUCGUCACGUAAACAAAGCAUGCCGAUUAGUUACUGGUACAGCACACCGGUGUGUUGGAGUAAACCCACGUUUACAAUUCGAAGGCGAAGUUUCGCCGGGGUAACUACAACCAGCCUCAUAAGGCGACAGCCAUAAUUCUAACCCACACAAAAAAAUACAAACCUCUUAUGGAUAAUGUUGGUCGCCAAAGGCCACUGACCUCCGUGUUAAACGGAGGGCAGUGGCCUCGGGUGGUUUGGGGCUCCGUUCGUUGAGAAGCGACAACGAAGAUGGCAUUGAGCAGGCGAUGGGAGACCGAGGGGGAGAUUGGAGCGUCGUGGUGUUGCGAGACAUGAGGAUAACGACGGGUGUGAGUCGAGAAGAGGUGGAGGAGAGAGAGAGAGGGAGAAAGCACGUGGAGGGAGAACAUCCGAGCAGCCGACCCCAAACUUUCAUGGAACGCGCGUCAGAGUCGCUGCGCAAGUCUGUGGAUCUCUUUGUGAGGACGAUGGAUGUGGCUGCUAGAGGAGGUGUCCCAGGAGCGGGACUGUUGGCUCAGGAGAGAGGACAAGCGGCCUUGAUGUGGCCCAGAAGAAGGCUGUUGGAAUGUGUAAAAAAAAGUCCAGUUCUUGUAUUUGUGUUGUUGUUGUUGUUGGAUGGACAGAUAUGGGAAGGAGGCGUUUUGUCUCAUUGACAUUGUUUACUUUUAAUUUUGUUUACUUGUAUUGAACACAACGAGGCCAACCUUUUCACCAACUCUGCGUUGCGUGGCAAGGCUGAGCUGGACGAUCACUGGGACCCACUUUUGUUUGCACGUCAUAUCGGCGGUUUCUUUUUGUUUUCACUCAAAAACACACAACAUAGAGCACACGGCAAAUAGCGAGACGCGCAGGGCUCACACCGCUUCCCGGAAUGUGUGGGAUGGGAGUCUCUGCGGAUUAAUAAUUGUACAACCACUGGUCGUCCGACUCGCACGGCGCACGGGAGUUGAUCUGGACGGGAGGCUCCUCGCUGCUGCUACUGCUGUUGCCACUGCUGCUUCUUCUUCUGAUCGGUUCCUUUGGGAGCAGUGACUUGACUGCGGUGUGCACGGUCAAGAGGGAGGCAUGGCCAGGCGACCAGAGAUCCUCCUCCUCCUCCUCGUCCUCGCCGCGGCAGCCGCGUCACCCUCGCUCGGCCAAACCAUCUCCUGUCCGCCCGGGUGCACGUGCAGCCGCUCCAAGCACCUGGUGAGCUGCCACGGCGAGGCCCUCACCUCGCUGCCGGCCACGCUGCCGGACAACACCGACAUGCUGGUGGUCAGGGGCUCGCUGCUCACGGGGGCGCUGACCUUUCCCUGCUGGUCGCACCCCCUCGACUACCUGGAGAUCGCCGGCAACCGGGCGGCCCUGCGGCUGGCCCGCGACUCGUUCGGUAACCUGCCCCAAGUCGCCGUGCUUCUCUUCUCCGGCAACCGGGUGGCGGGCGGCCUGCCGGCCGGACUGCUCGCGCCCCUCAAACGACUCCGCUGGGCGGACCUGUCCAACAACAGCCUGGCGGAGCUGCCCGGCUCACUGUUCGCGGGCGCCUCCGCGCUCGGCUACCUGGACCUCUCCAACAACGCCGUCGCCUCCCUGCCGCCGGGGAUUUUUGAAGAUCUCGGCAACCUCGACACGCUCCUCCUCUCCGGCAACAACCUCGCCGCGCUGCCCGGCACGGUAUUCGGCUCGCUGCGCCGGCUGGAAACGCUGGACCUGUCGUACAAUCGUCUCGGGUCCGUCAGCGGCGUGCACUUUGCCGCCUUGAGCGCCCUCAAGGACCUCCGUCUCAACGGCAACUUCAUCCGGGCGAUCGACGUUGCCGUGUUCCGGCCGCUGGCGAGCCUCGAGAGCCUGUCGCUGGCUUUCAACGCGAUCCCAUCGGUGCCAAGCCAGGCGUUCGACGGACUGAGGAACCUCACUCGGCUGGACCUGGCUCACAACAACCUGAGCGCCGUGGCCCAGGGCCUGCUCUGCGGCAUGAAGGACCUCGAGUGGCUUUACCUGGCGCACAACUCCAUCCAGGAAAUCACGGCCGACAUAUUCGUGGAGAACACGAAGCUCAAAGGCGUGCGCUUGGAGGGAAACGCCCUGCAGAGAUUGCCCGAGCAGAUGCUGCAGGGUCUCGCCUCCCUGGAGGAGCUCUACCUGAACGGCAACCGCCUCUCGGAGCUCCCCGACGGACUCCUGGCCGUGGACAAGUUGGGCGUUAAGGUGCCCGUCUUCCUCGACUUGUCCCACAACGAGCUGAGCGCUGUGCCCCAGGGGAUCGCGCGAUUACUCGCCCAGCGGAUGUUCAUCCUCAUCCUGCACGACAACCCGCUGUGCAGCGCGCCGGCGCAGGGCCCGGGCGAGAGCCACGUGAGGAAGGCCUGCAAGCUCGGCACGCGAGGCGGCACGGCGAGACCGUGAAGGUUGUGGUUGGAGGUGGCCCGGUGGGUUCAGAGGGUCGGUGCGCCGAGAUGGCACCACGGGAGACCCCUCUGGGUUCGGGUCUAGGCAGCUUGGCGUGUCAUUAAUAGCGGGGGGGUGGGGUUUCAAGAGUGGUGAGUUAAAAACGGUCACAUCUUGGUCACCCUAAUGAAUACAAACUCUUUGGUUCUAUUCGGUAAAGUCACGUAUGUAAAAAUAAAAAAUAAAAACG